ACCCCUAAACUUUACACUUUUAUUCCUUGCGACCUUUAAACUAUUUUCGUAUUCUAUCUGACCUCUCUUCUUUUUUAUUUGUUGCAUUUGACCCCUCUUUGCAUCAUUUUUUAUUUAUUAGACCCUUAUCGGUACACCGUGGCAUUGCGCGUGAGAACACUCUUUUCAGGGCAAGUGGAACAGUUUAUUUGCUGACAUGGAAAACCUUUACAUUUUUUCAAUAAUUACAUCCAUAAAUACACACCCAAAUGAAAUCAUUAACUCCCAAUUCGAAUCCCUAAUUUUUAAUUCCCCCAAUUCUCUUCUUCUUCUAUUUGUCUUACUGAUUUCCUCCCCAUUUAUCUAAUUUUCUUCUUGUUCAUCUCUUUCCGGCUGAGAUGGAAGCUAUGUGCGAAGGUAAGUUCCCACUUUGCCGCUGUCACAAAGUUGCAAGCUUGAAGACUGCUUGGACCAAUGCGAAUCCAGGGAGACGUUUCCUAGGGUGUGGUCGAUAUGGGAUGCCUGGGGCUUGCAAUUUCUUUGAUUGGUUUGAUGAUCCUGCUGAUGAGCAGUACAAGCGUGUGAUUGUGGGGCUGUUAAGAAGGGUCAGAGAGCAUGAACUGGAAGCAGAAAAACAAAAGGAAAAGAAGCAGAAGAAGAAUGUGUUUGUUGUAAUACUGGUGUUGUUUAUUCUCUUUUUGGGUUUUAAGAUGAAUUAGUGUGUAGUUGUAUGGUCUUUGUGCUUAGAUUGUAUCUGAAAUCUAUCAAUGUAACCGUUUCUAAAUUAAUGAAGUGCAAGUGCAAUUUUCUAUA